AUGGAUAUCGAAAGCCUCCUUUCCUCUCUCUCCUUCGAAGAGAGCCAAUAGCAAUAGCACUAGUUUGAUGCUCUUGACUUCUAAUUACAGCCAUAGCUCAGCUCCUAAAGCAGCACUUCUAUUUCCUCUUCUUACUCACUAUCUUCUCCUAGCUAUUAGUAGCACUAUCAAUAAUAAAUACCUUCCUAGUAGGAUUGCUUCAGCAGCAUGCAUCUUGCCAAACAAAGCAGUAGCAUUUCCAGUUGCAGCACUAGCAGCAGUGCUUGGAGUGACUCCCGCUUCAUUCCAUCUAGAAAACAGUCUAAGUAUAAUGUCAUGCUUAGCAGCGCACAUGAAGUUAAGAUGUAGAAGAGCACAAAAGGGUAAUUUUUACAUGAUGAAAACGACAUCAGUAUAGCCCAGCUUUAUAAGAAACAUGUCCUUGAGUUGAAUAAUAGCAAAAAUGAAAAUAAAUUGCAUUUUUGUGAUUCUAAAGUAAGCAAUAAAUAAUUUGGUCGCAAAGGAAACAAAGCCAGUGCUGCUUCCUCUAAUUCAUUAUCUGCUGCUUUGCCUUAUGGACCAGAUUCUAACAUGCUUCUAAACAAUGAAAAUAGCUGCAAUGGAUUAGAAUCUAUGAUUUUGAGCAUGCAAAAAACCUAGGCACAGCACCGUAUUAAUGAAUAACUCUCUGCUAGCAAUUCUUCAUCGUUCUCUCGUAAGUAAAACCAGAUCAGCUAUAGCCAAAUUAAAGUUUUAGAUGCACCAGGAUUAAUCGAUGACUUCUACUUGAACCUUUUAGAUUGGAGUUAGCGCAAUUUGCUAGCUGUUGCUUUAGGAAGCACUGUUUAUGUUUGGAAUGGUUAAAAUAACUAAGUUCUUAAAAUGUGUGACGUUACUAAAAUCCCUAAUCCCCUUAUACAAGACUAAAGUCCUCACGUCCUUGAGUAGAACAAAGUUCAAUCAAUUUAAUGGAGUUAAAGUGGUAAUUUGCUUGGUGUUGGAGAUGCAAAUGGUAUUAUUUCUAUUUAUGACUUGCAUACUCAAAAGCGUCUUAACUCUUUGCCUCUCCAUACAGACAGAAUAGGAAGUCUUGCCUGGAGAGAUGAUUUCAUCGUUGCUAGUGGUAGUAGGGAUAAAUCAAUAUUCUGCACAGAUAUUAGAAUUUCCACUCCUUCUAACAAGAGAUGUAUCUAAAGGUUUACAGGACAUAAACAAGAAGUCUGCGGUUUAAAAUGGUCAUUUGACCACUAAAUGCUAGCUAGUGGAGGCAACGAUAACAAACUUUUUGUAUGGUCUUUACGUACUUCUACACAUAUAAAUAAAUUUUAGGAACACAAGGCCGGAGUAAAAGCUAUAGCAUGGUCUCCUCAUUAGCAUGGAUUGCUGGUUUCUGGUGGUGGUACUGCUGAUAGAACUAUUCGUUUCUGGAACACUUAGCUUGGCGAGCAAGUAGACUGCAUUGAAGUCAACAGCUAAGUCUGUAAUUUAGUUUUUUCAAAAAAUGAAAACGAAUUUGUUAGCACUCAUGGAUUCCAAGAUAAUGAUAUUAUAGUAUGGAAAUAUCCUACUCUAUAAAAAAUAGCUUGCCUUACAGGUCAUACAUGUCGUGUGCUCUAGCUCGGACUCAGUCCUUGUAGCACUAAAAUUGUCACAGGAGCAGGAGAUGAAACAUUAAGAUUUUGGGAUGUAUUUAAGUCUAACAAGAACGUCCCUAACAAGUAAGGUUCUCUCCUAGACACAAAGGUUGAUCUCCGCUGA